CGCUUUUCCACCAUCAACAUGCUCGGGGUCGCCGCCACCGACGCCCUCUGCCUCGCAGACCCCGCCGCGCUCAAGAAGGCGCCGUCGUCGCUCUCGACGUGCUUCUCCUUCACCUCCCCGCCGUCCGCAGCAUGCUGGGCAAUCGACAAUGCGCACCUUUACCUUGCAUCCGGCCGGAAGUUGCAGCGUUACGAUCCGGCAACGAAUUCGAUUGACGACAUAUACGAGACGGAGGAUGAAGUCGACCUGCGGGGGCUUGCGGCCAAGGACAAGGGGGCGCUUGUCGUCGCCUCCGGGGGGAGCGUCAUUGUCAUCGACGGGAUACUGGCGUCGCCAAGGAUCGCACAGACCCUCAGUGCGCACACCGCACCCGUUGAACACAUUGCCCUCUCAAACGACAACUCCCUCUUGGCCUCCACGGCUGCCAAUGCAGUCCACAUCGACAAUUUGACCAUGGGAUCGCAUACGACGCUGAGGGGCCUGACCUCGUAUGAAGGCCAGCAUAUCUCGGCUUGCGUCUUCCAUCCCCACGCACGGACCCGCUUGCUCCUUGCCAUCGCCCGGAGCCUCAUUAUAUACGACAUUACGAAACCCUCGACACCGACGAAGACGAUCACCCUCAGUGACGCCGCUGGCGGCGACAUCUGUGCCGUGGCAUGCAGUCCAUUCAGCAAGACCUUGGUCGCUGUUGCCACUACGGGAGGCACUGUCGGUCUAGUCGAUCUGGACAAAGAGAAGGGGCUCUUCCGUACCCUUCAUAUGAAAGUACCUCUUACAAGCGUAGCUUUCUCUCCCGAAGGGGCCGCUAUAUACCUAGGCACCGAGAACGGCAAGCUGCUGCUGCUCGAUCUCCGUGCCCUCGACAAGCCACCCAAGCCCAUCAUCAUCAGCGAGACUGGCUGUCGUAUUGAAGCCCUAUGUGUGCAGAAAAAGGUCAAGAGCCCACCAUCUGCGGCGAAGCCCUCUGCCUCUAGCGCAGAGGCCAAGCGGGCGGCCAGUACCCGAGCCACUGGCCCGACCAAGCCUUCGCCGACGCGUCUGCGGCCUCCUCCCCGAUCCUCAACUAGCGCGACGGCGACUACACCUACUCGCAAGAGUGUCGUUCCAAAGCCGACCAGUAGCCCUGCCACUCGCCCGACAGACCCGAAGAAAGUUUUCUCCCCUGUGAGGGACCCGCUGGGCAACUCAACGAAGGAUUCCGAUAACAUCUCCAUUGACAUCGAGACGUUGGCUGGAACUCGCAAGCCGCCUGCCAAAGGACCGAGUCCGGGCAAGGCCCCUGUGAGGCCUAUCCGCACGUCCUUCUCUUCGCCGCGGUCGCCACCCACGCGUUCUCCUGCGAUGCGCUCCCCGCCAAAGUCAGCCAUUGACCGUCCGACGUCCGUUGCGUCAAGCAGGGUGCGCGCUACCUCGAGUACAUCGCCGAAGAGCGUCGUUUCGGAUGCCACUGCCCGUGCGCGCGCGAGGGUCACGUCCAGCGGUCGUCCGUCGGCGGAUGCAGGACGUCCUCGCAGGGCAUCGGCAGCUUCGGCCGUCGAGUCUAUCUCGACCGCUGGGAGGCUUGCCCCAGGUGCUCGGACACGGGACCGUGCCGUUUCUUCCGCCUCUUCGCGAACCACAAGGGAUACCAGGGAGAAGCCCGCCGCGUCUGCGCGUCCCUCUGCAGCCAGCUCGCGUCCGCCGUCCGCCCUUUCACGCCGUACUCCCUCUCCUGAGCUCCCCGACAUGGGCCUGGAUCCGGUCACCCCUCUGCCCAAAUCCAAGCGCGCCACCUUCGCCAACAUCGGCCUCGGCUCGCCGAACUGGGCCGCUCCCCUCGUCGAGGAAACCGAGCCCAAGGGCAAGGGCAAAGCCGUCGACUUCGAGGACGACAGCGAUGAGGAGGACGAGAUUGAGGAGAUCUCGCUCGAGCACAAGCGCCUGGCCGCCGCCGCCGAGCGCGAGCGCAACCUCUCUAUGCAGGUCUCCCCCGCGCGGCGCGCGACCAGCGGGAUCACCCACAGCCCCUGGCAGCCCUCGCCCCUGCGGCGCUCCAUGGGCCCGCAGCCGGCGAAUGCGCCCAUGAUGCCGAGCUCGCCAGGCAGUUCCGCGACGGCGCAGGACUUCUUGCGCGGGAUCGUGCGCGACGUGAUGUUCGACUACCAGAUGGAGACGCGGCAGGAGAUGAUGGGGCUGCACCUCGACCUGGUGAAGAUGGGCCGGUCGUGGAAGGCGGAGCUGCGGUCGUUGAUGGAUGAGUAUGUGGGGGAUUUGAGCGAGCUGAGGGAGGAGAACAAGCGGUUGAGGGAGGAGAAUGAGAGGCUGAGGAGAGGGUACUAAUCCUUUCCUUUCACGACUGCCAGUUGGCGAGGCGGUGGCGUGUGCACGACCUCGUAUCGGUCGUGCCGCGUCCUUCGUUCGAGAUCAGACUAUUAUGUUGUAUAUGCAGCACUUUAUGCUUUAUUCUUUCCUUUGUGUCAUGACCAACUUUUCUCGG